GACUUGGUAAAAUGCGUUAGCAAAUUGAGAGCCUAUUUUCUUCUUUAAAGAAUCUUCGAACUUAUUAGUGGAAUUCUAAAUAGAUAUAAAAUUAAUUAAGACCAUUUUUGAAUUCCUUAUACAUAUUGACUUUCCAGUAAAAAUCUCGAAGAAAAGGUUAUAAUUCAAUUAGUUCCAUCUACUUAUAAGUAAAUUUACUUUGACUUUUUAUUAUUGAGUUUUUAAACAUUCCAUAAACACCAAUAAAUAUUGUAAUUUCAAAUAUAUUUAACGAGGACAAAUAAGCACCUUAAUUAUUUUAAGUAUGAUAUUGAAUUUUAACAAUCAAGUAAAAAUAAUCGAAUUUCAUAGCUACCAGAUGCUAAAGUAGUCUCAUUACCAUUUUGAACAUCCUUAAUAGUUU